AUGACUUCCACCACUAGCGCUCAGACAAAUGCGAAGCGCGUCCGCCUUCGGGAGCUGAUUCCCGAAAUCAGGCUGGGCAAGUGGGAGCGCACUGGACCAAAAAAUGGCAUCACCGACGUCAAAGGGGUGCUCGUUCAUACGGAAUCAAUUCACGACAAGGAAAAGGGGGUCAAUACCGGUGUGACGACCAUUGUGCCGCGCAAGGAGUGGAUGGAACAGGCAUGCUACGCUGGCAUGUUCCGCUACAACGGCUGCGGCGAGCUCACUGGUAGUCAUUGGCUCGAUGAUACGGGACUUUUGGGCAGCCCAAUUGUGCUCAGCAAUAGUUUUGCAGUUGGCGCUUGCCAUACAGGCAUUUACCAAUACGGCGCACGGCACUACCGAAAUCAGAGCGGCGACAUUGACUGGUUCCUGAUGCCGGUGGUUGGCGAGACAUAUGACGGCAUGCUCAACGACCUCUCGCAGUUUGUGGUGACGCCGGAGCACGUCAUCCGCGGAAUUGAAAAGGCGUCUUCCGACCCGGUGCCCGAGGGCAACACUGGCGGAGGAACGGGCAUGACCUGCCACGGCUUCAAGGCCGGCACCGGCACCUCGAGCCGCCUCGUGCCCGGCCUGGACCAGGACGGCAAGGAGACGGACUACACGGUCGCCGCGCUGGUGCAGGCCAACUACGGCCGUCUGUACUCGUUUACCGUCGCCGGCGCGCCCGUGGGCCGCAUCCUGUGGGAGGAGCAGGGCCGCGAGGCGGCCGCCAAGAAGGCGCGCGACGAGUACGAAAAGGCAAAGAGCAUCAAAGACGGCAGCAUCAUUGUCGUCAUUGCGACCGACGCGCCGCUCAACCCGGUGCAGCUGCAGCGCCUCGCCCGCCGCGCCACCCGCGGCGUCUCCCGCGUCGGCGGCUACGGCAACACCAACAGCGGCGACAUCUUCAUGGCCUUUAGCACCGGCACCGUUGCGCCGGGCCAGUACGAAUCGGGCGCCAUUGAGCAGGCGCCGGACAGGGCGGAGCUGCUGCAGCACAAGGCCGUGGACGAGCGCAAAAUGGACAGCCUGCUCGAGGCCGCGGGCGAGGCGACCGAGGAGGCCAUUCUGAACGCGAUUUGCAUGGCGGAGACGCUGACGGGGUUUCGGGGCCGCACCGUGGAGGCGAUGCCGCUGGAGAGGGUUAAGAAUAUCGUGCAGAGGCACAUUGAUCUCGAAAAGGAGCUCGCGGCGAAGCAGAAUUAG